AUGACGCCGCCUCAAGAUGCCACGCCGAAACCCCCAAAGUACCCAGCCGAUCCGGAGGCUUCGAUGAUACUACCCAGACAACGCGCAUCGCCCGCCUCCUCUCUCGCCAGUCUUCCGUACCGCCGCUCGAAUCCAAGCCUGUCCAAGCUGUUUGAGUCCACCACCAGCAUAUCCACCUCGCGACCCAACUCGGGCGCUGCAACCCCCACCCAGAGCACCGUACAGGGCUCGGUAUUCUCACCGGGAUCAAGGUUGAGUGGCACAGGGACGCCCAACAGUCUACCGUCGGGCGUAUCGGACGAGUACCGCACGCUCAUACAACAGGCCUUUGUGCCAUGCGUCGCUGUCUUAGCUGACGCCCAGACCGAGGAGCUGAUACGGGGGAAAGGGCUCGAGGGCGGGCUGCUGCAACUGCUGCGCCCAUUCGGAGAGUCGGUUCCCGGCAAAGUCACAAUACGAGAUAGCAACGGCGCAAGCAAGAGCUGGGAGGAUUUUGGUGUGCGCUUCAUCGGCGUGGAUGAUGCAUACCCGGACUUGCGCGUCGACACGGGCGGUCAGCGUACAUCCUCGAGCUCCACAGGGCGACCACGACGGGCAGGAGGCCAUGUCUCACAAAUCGAAGAACUCGUCGACCGCCAUCUGCAGUACUCCGAGUUCAACAGACAGUCUCCCGUGUCAGACUACAUGAACAAAGGCGACGCAACAGCCACCCAAACAGAUGGCACCGCCUCACCAUUCCAUACUCUCUACCUCCGCCGGCUACUGUCAGGGUUGCCCGUAGUACCUCACGAGACAUUUUCCCAUCCCGUGGCCGGCAUAAUAGCCAUCUCGUCACGGAAUCCACACCCUAUAGAAGAGCUCCGAAGACUCUACAACCGGCAGCACGAUGGCGAUCUUCGUUUCCCCCAAUGGGUAGAGAAUGACUUCCUACGAUAUUACGUUUUGAUACAUGAUGAAGAGACGGGAGACAUCGCCAAAUCCAAUCAAACAUUCGAUUCGAUGAAACGGCACUUUGGUCUCCAUUGCCAUCUACUACGACUCAAGAGCCAGCAAUGCAUAGCUUCAGACGAUGACAGCGUACGGUUACCGACCUGCGAGUGGAUGUCUGCAGGGGAAGAGCUAGCCGAGAUUCAGAGGAGAGAACUCACAGACGACAUAACAGAUCCAACCCCCUACUUCCCCGAUUCCGACAUUAGCAGCUUGCGCACCUUCAUCCGCGAACUAGUCACGCAGUCUAUAAUACCCAACAUGGAGCGCAGCGUCUCUACUUGGAACGAGCAGAUCCUUUCCCGCCGUCGCGGCUUGUCAGGCCGCUUCAUGUCUCUAUCAAAACGCUGGACGCCAUUUGGUGGCUCACGAACCUCAGGUUCAUCAUCCACUGCAUCAGGAAACUCCAACUAUGAUAGUCUACAGGGCUUUUACCGCCCUGACGCCCCCGAGGCCAUCAUGCGACGUUUAGCAGAUUAUUGCUUCAUGCUGCGUGAUUGGAAAUUGGCGUUGAGUACAUACGAUAUUCUAAGAACAGACUUCCAAAAUGAUAAAGCCUGGCGACAUUACGCUGGGGCCGCUGAGAUGGCAGCCUUGUCCGCUCUUAUGGCACCUACACCAUUAUCCUCUAAGAACCGGGCGGAGAAUAUCGAUGCGUGGAUUGAAGCUGCAUCCUAUUCCUACACCGACCGCCAACGUAGCGCAGCACCUUACUAUGCUCUCCGCACCCUCGCUCUUAGCUUUGAGCUUUUGCGCCUCCGCGGCUCCUCAGCCGCCGACGACGCCGCACGCUGGGCGACCCGCAUCCUUGAGACCGGCCUUGUAGGUGCGGUAGGUCAUGCCCUCAUCACCGAACGUAUUUCAGCCUGCUACGCAGUGCGGACAGGCGUGGGCAUUUACAAGCUAGGCAGUAGACGCAGAAAGGCAGCGCUCUGGGCUGUCCUCGCGAGUGAGAACUGGUACAGACUGGACAAAUCACAACAAGCGGAACGCGCCCUUGACACCGCGCUCAGGCUGUACAACACCCAAGCUGAGAAUGCGGAAGGUGGGGUAGUUAGACUGCCGUUCGAGGAUAUGCAGCGCUUUGUGGAUCAGUUGAGACAACAGAUUGUGGGCUUGAGGUUGGCUAAUCAGGGAUACGGCAGUGAGCAUGGUGAGGGCGACGAAGAGGGGAUGCAGAGCCCCGAGGUAGAAGAGGAGGCUGAGGCAUUGGACAAGAGUCCACGGUUACACAGGAAGAGUCUGAUUGGAAGCACGGUGCCGACUAUCGAUAUGACAGGGCCUCUAAGUCCGGCUCUGGAGAGGCCGAAGGGUGAGGUAGAUGCCAAGGGAGAGGGUUUUGAAUAG